CUGCGAUGGAGAAGGUGCUUCCGAUCUUCCAGGUCAUGGGGCAGAACAUCCGCCACAUGGGCGGCGCGGGUGCUGGCCAGCACACCAAGAUGGUCAACCAGAUUUUGAUUGCGACCAACAUGAUUGGGAUGGUCGAGGGCCUUCUCUACGCGCACAAGGCGGGCUUGGACUUGAACGAAGCGAUCGCGGCGGUUGGCGCCGGCGCUGCGGGCUCGUGGUCCAUCAACAACCUUGGUCCUCGCAUCGCCCGCCGCGACUUCAACCCGGGCUUCAUGGUUGAGCACUUUAUCAAGGACCUCGGUAUCGCGCUCAAGGAGUCCCAGACGAUGGGCUUGGCACUGCCGGGUCUUGCGCUCGCCAACCAGCUGUACCUUGCCGUGCAGGCGCAAGACAACGGCGGAAAGCUUGGGACGCAUGCGCUCAUGCUCGCUUUGGAGCGGCUCAACAACGUGCAUCCGUGACGCAGAGUUGGAAAACGAGGGUUUUGCCGUGAAUUUAAUACCGCCCUAGCACUGUCGACAC